AUGCCACCCAUUUCAUCCAAACGAGAUCAACUCAAGAAACAAAAACAGGCAAUUGCUUUCCUUGAGCAGAUCAAAUCCGAAUACAUGGAUGAUGACGAGGUGUUUAAUCGAUUUGUCAAAAUCAUGGCCGAUUUUCAAUCACAGCGGAUUGGUACCACCAACGUUGUUCAGCAGGUAACGGAUCUGUUCAAUGGACAUCCGUGCUUGAUACGCGAAUUUGUGGAAUUUCUACCUCCAGGGCACGUUUUACACACCCCAUCUUCCAAAGGAUGCAUCGAGAUUUCCACGCCUUCGGGAGAGAAAUUGAUCGUCGACAGCGUUCGCGGUGUGAUGAACUCGUCCUAA